CGGCCGCGGUUUUUCUGCUUAUGACGUUCCCCAAGACUACAAGAUUCUUCUGCCACCCCUGACUUCAGGUACCGCUUCUUUGAACUCUGUUUUUCUUCACUGUGACGUGUCUGAGCGGCCAUAUCGACUCGACGAUUUUCGUAACGAGAUAGCGCGGCUCGCCGUGCUCAAGGACAUUGCAGCGUUCGGCGCGUUUCACAUGAAUCAUGUGUGGAUGCUUACGUUUCACUCUUCAGCUGCAAAACAGAAGCUCGUGAAGGAAAAACAACUUAAAAUUAAGGGGAAACUUUGCCUCGUCAUCGAUCCGGACACCAGCGACGUGAGCCUCAAGCUUCACUGGGUGCCGUUUCACGUGCCUGAUGAAUCCGUCCGGAGGGCUCUCGAACCCUACGGGAAAGUGCUAGAAGUUGCGCGAGACAAAGUGCGCUCAGGUUUUUUUGCGGGGAUAGAGACGAAGACAAGGCUCGUUCGCAUGACGUUGAAAGAUGGUGUGACCAGGGAGAGCCUCCCGCAUCAGUUGAAAAUGCCCGGAGCGAGCGCGCUGGUUCUGGUGCCGGGUCGAGCGCCGUUGUGCCUCAGAUGCAAGAAGACUGGGCACAUUCGCAAGGAUUGCCGAGCUCCCCGCUGCCUGGAGUGUAAUCGCUACGGGCACGAAGCCUCCGACUGUGUGCGCACGUAUGCGUCAGUCACUAACGCGGAGGUACCGGAAGAAGUUAGCGACCACAUCAUGGAAGCGGAUGAAGCAGAGGCAACCUAUGGCACCGACAUUGCUAGCACUUCAGCUGACCCACUGCCACUGACAGCGACUGACACAGCAGAGCAAUCACCAGUAGAAGCAGCCCAGGGAAGGCAAGACGGCACGGACACCGAGGGCCCAGUCUCAGGAGUGCUCACACCAGGCAACCCCAGCAGCAAGGAACACUCCUCGGGAAAUUUGGAGUUCAACGAAGAAACAACUGCACCAGAAAGCACGGCCACCUCAGUGCAAGAAGUCGACACUGCCAGCGCUGUGGAACAAUCCCAAGCAGACGCAAGGGACGGCCUCCCCGGACCAGAGCUCUGUGAUUGGUCUGCCUGCAGUCAAAUCCCCGACAAACCACCACGCUGUGAGUUGAAGUGGAAAGACACCGCUUUGCGAAAGAGCAGAUUCGACCCAAAGCCCAGAAACACCCCGGACGACCGCACGCGAGGUCACUCGAAACAGUAA